AGAAUAGAACGUACUCGCACAAUUGAUAGGAAAUAGAACAGUUAUAAAUUUGUUAUCACAAGUGUUUUUCUGAACAAAGAAAAAAGAUUUUACGUAAUACACAAAAUUUUCGAUAUUAUUAUAAAGAAGGGUCACAAAACUACUUGUGACAGCUCUGAAUUUAUUUACAUUUUAUUUUCCGACUGUUCAUCAUUCAUUAUAAAGUAGUUAAUAAUCAAACACGUUUAAAAUUUAAUUCGUUUAGAAAUAAAGCAAAUUUUAUACAUUAUUUUUUUUUAAAAUCUUAAAAAAUUAUAGUUUUUUCUUAAAAAAAUUGACAGAUGAUUUCAUUAUGACUCAAUUGUGUAUUAGUUAUUCUUUAGCAAUUAAACUUAUCGGUUCAUUUGGAGUUACAGUUUCAAUAUUGAUGAUAAAUAUAUUAGUGACUGACUUUUUCUCGGCAGAAGAGCCAAAUGCAUUUUCAAUUACUGUCGAAUCUUGGACCCUUUUCGGAUUAAAUUGGACUUAUUUCGUAAAAAAUAUACAAAAAAGUUAUCAAGCGAAAUUACUUUUAUUUUGUGUUCUUUUCUAUGCUGGAUGCUCUUUUGUGGCAAAUACAAUGUUAUGUUUAGCUGCUAUUUCAAAAAGACCAAAUUUUCUAGUACCAUGGAUUUACAUACAAAUAAUUAGCAUAAUGGACCAAAGUUUUGCUAUUUUUAUGAAUUUAUUUAAUUCGGAUUUCAAAUUUUAUAAUAAAUCUAACUGGAGUAUGUCAUUAUCUAGUUCCUAUUUGUUGCUAAGCGCUUAUUUUUUGUUAAUCGUUCGUUCGGCUAGAAAAAAUUGGCUUGAUUAUCCGGAACGAACAAUUCACAUUUCAACGAUAACGAGAACACAGGAGGUUCAACAGGGUUUUAAUUUACCAAAAUCACCGUCAUAUUUAGCUGAUCAAAACUUUAUAAAUAAUUCACCAAAUUACACGAUAUCAGCUAAAUACGAGGAGAUAUGACUUUUAUAUGAAAAAAAAAGAAUUUUAAUUAAAUGAUAUUUUAUAUAAUUUUGUGAAUAUUUAACAAAAUAACUAAUUAAUACAUUUGUAAAACAAAUAUAUUUUUUUUACUUAUUAUAUAAUAUAAUAUAAAUUAAUUUAUUGUAAAUGAGGAGAAAAAAUUUAUACAUUUUUUAAAAAUAAUGUUUGCAAGAAUUU